GGUCCAUCAAAGCGAGGCAACGCUCGUAAGGCUCAGUGUGGACGGGUAUGCGUUGUGCAAUGCGUUGCAUACCUACAGUAAAAAACAUGGAGUGGUCGCAAGAAGAAGUUUUAGGUCUAAUUAAAGAAUAUCAAUCACGGUCGAUGUUAUGGCAAGGAGAACGCUUGGGCUGAAAUUGCAGCGGUACUCGAUAGAGACGUAAAUGAAGUACAGACGGGAAAAGGCACGAGUUAAAAAAUCAUUGGGUAGUGGAAAAGGUACUGAUGACAUAUACAAGUCUAAGUGGUUUGUAUUCGAAGCCCUCAAAUUCCUAAACGAAAAUGAACCAAGGAAAACAACAGACAGUUUAGCAACAGCUUCCGAGGGAAACGAGAUUGAGGAAGAAGAAAGUGACGAUCUUGACAACACACAGUCAGAAAAUAUUAGCGAGCUUGAAUCCACACCAGUAAUUGAUACUGGAACCACACACCAAAAUACCCCAAAGAAAGGAUUUAAGUCUCCCAAAAAAUGUGUCAUUAAACGCAGGAAAGUUGCCGAAAAUCCAAUGGUUUCUGAGGCAUAUGGGUAUUUAAAAAAAGUGGCGUCUACAUCUGCCUUCACUCCCGUGUCAGAUGAUUGUGUAGUCUUUGGUAGCCACGUUGGAAAUGCAAUUCGUAACUUCGACGCUCGGCUACGUUCAAUUGCUCGACACAAAAUAAAUAAUAUAUUAUUUCAGUUAGAGCAGACUCAAUAUGAUCAACCAACAAUAUUUCCUCCGCAACCUACUGUCGUAUUCCCUCAGCAACCAGUACAAACUACUCAACAUCGGGUUAUGACACAGCCAGUAGCUCAACUAACGUUAUUACAAUCCAAUCCACAAAUAUUCACGCAACCUCAUUUCACACCUUAUUCAUCUUUUAUAGGCAGGACUAUUUCUCCCGUAAAUACUUUUUCUUCAAGCUCCCAACUUUCACCGGUCACUUAUGAUUCGCAAACAUCCAUAUCCCGAUCAUCCACCCCUCAUUCCAUGCCUCAAUCUGAUUUACCUGUUUACUUCAGCAGUUACAAUGCUGAGAUUGAUGGUGACCAAACACUGCUUUCCUAAGUCAAUGUUGAGUGUUUUAAAAAAGAAUUUGAAACAUUUCGAUUAUUCCCAAGGGUCAGAUAUAAUUCUUUUGAAGUUUAGUUACAAUGCGUUGCUUUACAUGAAUAAAUUUUGUCACUAAUUAA